AUGCCACAUACACCACCAUAACAUUUCAACGCACCAUCACGGAAAACGCUGCUCACCAUACAGCCUACAGCUCAUGUAAAUGAUGGCCAAGCACCCUGAGCUAGAGAUGAUGCGAGACGAGCUGGAGGAUGUGCGACAAGAGAUCGGUUCGGUGAUUGCCCAAAUCGACACCGUCAGAGCAGAUCUGAACGGCGAAGACAGCAGCUGUGGUAUCGAGUCCAUGUGUUGCUGCUGUAAGCGGCGAGAUCUCCGACGGCUGGAGGACAGGCUGUGGCUCCGUCUCCACCAGCUGCAGGAAAAGGAGAACGAGCUACACCGCCAGAGGACUGCCAUUCUAUCACGGCCACUGCUGCCAGGGGAGUGCAGGUGUGUCAUGCCCGACAGGCACAGGCACCUCCGGAGGCGACCCGCUAUCACAAUCACCAUUGCUACUGCGACAGCAGCCUCCCCCGGUAUCACCAGAGGCUCCAGAUUCUCCACCCUGGCAGCAGCAGCAGCAACAGCAUUGUCCCCUGCUUCCGGACCGACGUUGGGUGGUGUCUACCUCAACGGCAGAAAAUCAUGUGGCGUUGACCCCGCGGGGCAGUGCUUCAGAAGCGAGGGCGGCUCCUGCUCCGCGGAUGGUUCAGGCGUCAAGCCAGCGGCAACCCGUUCCGGCCACACGGCCGAUAAGUCUUCGAAGAAGACCCUGUAGGCCGGGCUCUGCAGAGGACACGGGUUCUGGUGCAGAGUGAUUGAACGGUUAGAAUCAUGCUGGAAGUCCAGCGUUGAGAUUUGUGGAGCUGCUGUUUUCUGUUCGAGGUAUCAGGCCCUACACUCUGUGGUGUUCCCUCCUGUGUACGUUGUCCUCGCCGCCGUUUUACAGGGGAUACUCUGCGCUCGAAUAGACCUUGGAAUGAGUGCUCUCGACGAUGGAUUCAAAGUUACAUGGCUGUUGACGCGUGGGCUAGACAAAGUAAUGCUGCAUAUUGUACACACAGACGAUACCAAAACGAAACAGGGGGUGUGUGUCGCUGUUAGGUACAAAAGUACAUUUGGGCGAAGAGAGUUUCGCCGUUGACUUGCUCACGACGAGGAAGACCUCCCAUUAGUCGAUUUUUUUUUGGGGGGGGUUCGGGAAUUUAGAUUGUCUUGGUGCGGAGCGCUGAACGUCGAGUGUGUGGCGUCAUUCAUCGAGCCACGAUAUUCAAUGCGGUGCUGUAAAGCGCCUGUGCGCACCCGGCCUGGUGUAUCGCUGCACAAUUGUUGUAACGAGGGCUUGUCCCGGUUGGGGGGGGGAGUAUUCUGUUUGCUUCACAGGCGUUUCUUGGAGCUAGUUGUCCUCGUGUGGUUGGUUUGAGUGUUGGGCGUUGGGUGUGUUUUUGCCUCGUGCCUCGUCUUGUGUGCCCCGUCGUGUGUUCGAUGGUCUCGUGUACAUAUGCUCAGCCGGUUUGUUUUUUGUUUUUUGGCGUGUUGUGGUGGUGGCCGGGCGUGUUGUAUUGUUGUCUUGAAGAGUGUUUCGUGAUGUACAAUACAACGCCAACUUGGCGUUAGGUGGACGCUCUCUCCUAUCAAGUCGUAUCUACGUCCGCUUGGAGAUAUCGUGGUUGAUUUGCCAUCACUCUACUGCUGUUUGGUAGAUGAGCCUCCGGAUCGCUCCCUAGUCGAGCACCAACAGCUAACAGCAUAUUGGUGAAAUUGAGAGCGAGAUUGCGCGAUGCGCUGCAGCUGGACUACUGCUGUUGAGAGGUGGAGCUUGCUGUGUAGUUUGAAUUGAAGGGCCAGCCCGUAGCUACGAGCAGAUACCCCUGGUCAUCCUG